CAAAGCAAUUAGGGUAACCCUUAUGUCUGACCCUUUCCCCUUUCUUAUCUUCUUCUCCCUAUUCGUUUGGUGUGCGCCGCUCCUCACACAAGUCAAACCCUAACCCCUUUUCGCCGGCGGGCGAACUCCAACCCACCGCGCCGCCGCCUUGUCUCACCUCUCUAUUUCUUCUCUCGGGUUCCAACUCAGGCAGGUCCGGGUUAGGAGUCGGCCCAAUCUUCUUCCUUUUUUCAUUUCCUCGAUUCCUUCUUUCUCGUCCUUUUCCGGUCAGUCCUUGGUGCAGAAGCUGUUAAAGGGAUCGAGUUUGUUUAAAGUGCACAAGUGUCAAUAUCGGCUUCCUUUUCGUGCUAUACUCUUUGUUAGAAUCUUACCCUGGGCCUGAUAUAAAAUUUGUGUCAAUAUCGGGUGCAUCCUGCACUGGAAAAGCAUUGCAAGAGUAGCCGUCACGCAGUUUAACCAUUUCCCCCCAGAUCAGUGCUAAGACUUCCACAUAAGCAGGUUUGGGGAGUUUUUUUAAUCUGAGCAUGGAUUCCUCAAAGCGAGAAACAAACCUGAAAAAAGCCCCCAAAACAAUGACGAAGAAGGAAACCGAAGAGUUCCAAUUCGUCGUUUACAGUACCAUGACUCAGCAGAAAGAGGUCUUCAAGCCCAAAAUCCCCGGAAAAGUUGGCAUGUAUGUCUGUGGUGUCACCGCCUAUGAUUUCAGCCACCUUGGUCAUGCUCGUGCUGCGGUUGCCUUUGAUGUCCUUUACAGGUACUUACAACACUUGGGCUAUGAGGUUACUUAUGUGCGGAAUUUUACUGAUGUCGAUGAUAAGAUAAUUCGUCGGGCAAAUGAGACUGGAGAAGAUCCAUUAAGUUUGAGUGACCGAUACUGUAAAGAAUAUAAUGUAGAUAUGGCUGAUCUACAGUGCCUUUCUCCAACACAUGAGCCACGUGUGUCUGAUCACCUUGAGCAGAUCAAAGAUAUGAUAACUCAGAUUAUAAACAAAGACUUUGGAUAUGUGGUUGAUGGGGAUGUGUUUUUUGCUGUUGAUAAAUUCCCAAAUUAUGGCAAGUUAUCCGGGCAGAAGCUGGAAAACAAUAGAGCUGGUGAACGUGUUGCUGUUGACUCAAGGAAGCGUAAUCCUUCUGACUUUGCAUUAUGGAAGGCUGCAAAGCCAGGUGAGCCAUCUUGGGACAGCCCAUGGGGACAUGGACGACCUGGGUGGCACAUAGAAUGCAGCGCAAUGAGUGCACAUUAUUUAAGUUUCAAAUUUGACAUUCAUGGUGGUGGGCUUGAUUUGAUUUUCCCACACCAUGAAAAUGAGAUUGCUCAGAGUUGUGCUGCAUGCCAGGAGAGUGACGUGAGUUAUUGGAUGCACAAUGGACAUGUUACUAAUAACAAUGAGAAGAUGUCAAAAUCUUUAGGUAACUUUUUCACAAUCCGCCAGAUUACUGAGAGAUAUCAUCCACUGGCUUUGAGAUACUUCUUGAUAAGUGCCCACUACCGUUCUCCUCUCAAUUACUCUGUUGUGCAGCUGGAAGGUGCAUCUGAAGCUGUAUUUUAUAUAUAUCAGACUUUGAAAGAUUGUCAAGAUGCAUUAUUACAACUGCAAGAAGAAAGGCCUAAGGAUGGCAAACCAGCUCGGACUACUCCAGAUGCCCAGGAAUGUAUUAGCAAGCUAUGCAGUGAAUUCCAGGCAAAAAUGUCAGAUGACUUGAGCACUUCACUUAUACUGACUGGGGCCUUUCUAGAAGCACUGAAGUUAAUAAACAAUUUGUUGACCAUGCUAAAGAAGAAGCAACAAAAGCAACAAAGAUUAUCUGUAAUUCAAUCCCUUACAGAAGUUGAAAAAGAAGUUAAGAAAGUUUUAGAUGUUCUUGGAUUGCAGCCACCUUGCUCUUAUGCUGAGGUUUUGCUGCAAUUGAGGGACAGGGCAUUAACAAGAGCAGGGUUGGUGGAAGAUGAUGUGUUGCGUCUAAUUAGUGAAAGGGUAGAAGUGAGGAGAAACAAAGAUUUCUUAAAAAGUGAUCAGAUGAGAGCUGAUUUGCAAGCAAAGGGCAUUGCACUUAUGGAUGUCGGCACAGAGACAAUUUGGAGACCUUGUGUUCCUGUUCAACAAGAACUGGAAGUAGUGCCACCAGGAGGUUAGAAGGUGCCUGCUGAAUCUGUACGAGAAUUGAAAGGCAUCAAUUGAUUCAAGUUGAUGACAGUACCUGGAAAGUGAUGAUUGUUACUGUCAAACUAGUAACUGAUAUCAAGACCAUAAAUACACAGUUUUGAUUUGUAUUUUUGUAAAAUUUGGGGGUCUUUCCCUUGUGCCCCUAUGGAGCUGUAAUGAAGAACCAUGGGGUCUUUCCCUUGUUCGUGUCCGGCGCCUAGGUAGCAUAGACAGUCAGCGAGCCAAAUUUUUUCCAAUUUUAUUAUACAGGUCGAGAAAAUACAACAUACAAACGGAAUUGCUAAUAAUUUUGAUUUGGGUUUGGAAAUA